GUAAUUCGGAUAUGCGAAACGUCGAAACGAUAAUAAUUCGAGGUUCAAAGAUAAAAUUUUUCGUGGUCUCUCAUAUUCUUUUUUGGCUGCAUAAAGUGCAUAAAGUGCAUAAAAUGCGUAAAGGGAGUGAAAGGAGGACAUACAUAAUUUUAAAUAAUAAAAAAAAAAUUCUAAACAUUUUACUUAUAAGAAAUUAAUCAUAAUUGUUUUAAACUUAGGUAGAACUACUGUAUAUUAUGGAACAAAAAUAAGUUUUGAAACUUUUUGAUCUUUCUGAUCUUUCAAAAAAAAAGAGGAUAUAACGAAAUUAUAAAAAAAAUAGAAAAUAGAAAAUAGAAAAU